GAGCUGCGAUCAAGGCGCGUGACGUCUCAGAUGGUUGUUGUUGGGAUUUGGGCCUCAUUAAUUAUUCAUUAGGUGCUUGAAAGGGCUGCAGCGAUUGGUGGCUGAGAGGCCGUCGUUUGUUUCUUAGCUAGAGAUACUUGUCACCCCCAACGCGUUUGGAUGAAUUUUGCAUAGAUUAUUCAGUUGAGGUGCGGGGCGGGGCCACGCAUAUGUUAGGCAAAUGAGGCAGGGAGGGCGGGGAGGCCGGCUACGAAUUAGCCUAAGUUAUUAAAGAUGGCGGCGGAGCGGAGUCGCUCCCCGAUGGACUCGCCGGUCCCGGCCUCGAUGUUCGCCCCCGAGCCCAGCUCCCCGGGGGCGGCCAGGGCCGCGGCGGCUGCCGCCCGGCUACACAGCGGCUUCGACUCGGACUGCAGCGAGGACGGCGAGGCGCUCAACGGCGAGCCGGAGCUGGACCUCACCAGUAAGCUGGUUCUAGUGAGCCCUACAUCAGAGCAGUAUGACAGCCUACUUCGGCAGAUGUGGGAGAGGAUGGACGAGGGAUGCGGAGAAACCAUAUAUGUCAUUGGGCAGGGAUCAGAUGGGACUGAGUACGGGCUGAGUGAAGCUGACAUGGAGGCCUCCUACGCCACAGUGAAGAGCAUGGCGGAACAGAUAGAGGCCGACGUCAUCCUCCUGCGGGAACGUCAAGAAGCUGGGGGCCGUGUGCGUGAUUACCUGGUCCGGAAACGAGUAGGAGACAAUGACUUCCUGGAGGUCAGGGUAGCAGUAGUGGGCAACGUGGAUGCUGGCAAAAGCACGCUUCUGGGGGUCCUGACACACGGGGAGCUGGACAACGGCCGAGGCUUUGCCCGCCAGAAACUCUUCCGCCACAAGCAUGAAAUUGAAUCUGGUCGCACCAGCAGUGUGGGCAACGACAUUCUGGGCUUUGACAGCGAAGGCAAUGUGGUGAACAAGCCAGACAGCCAUGGUGGCAGCCUGGAGUGGACAAAGAUUUGUGAGAAAUCCACUAAGGUGAUUACUUUCAUCGACUUGGCUGGCCAUGAGAAAUACCUGAAGACCACUGUCUUUGGCAUGACGGGCCAUUUGCCUGACUUCUGCAUGCUCAUGGUGGGCAGCAAUGCUGGCAUUGUGGGGAUGACCAAGGAGCACCUGGGCUUGGCGUUGGCACUCAAUGUGCCUGUCUUUGUGGUAGUUACCAAGAUUGACAUGUGUCCUGCCAACAUCCUGCAAGAAACCCUGAAGCUGUUACAGCGCCUGCUGAAGUCACCAGGCUGCCGGAAGAUCCCUGUGCUGGUGCAGAGCAAGGACGAUGUGAUUGUUACGGCCUCCAACUUCAGUUCUGAGAGGAUGUGCCCAAUAUUCCAGAUCUCCAACGUUACAGGCGAGAAUCUAGAUCUGCUGAAGAUGUUCCUCAAUCUCCUCUCUCCCCGCACCAGCUACCGGGAGGAAGAGCCUGCUGAGUUUCAGAUUGAUGACACCUACUCUGUCCCGGGUGUGGGAACAGUAGUGUCGGGGACAACACUGAGGGGCCUGAUCAAGCUGAAUGACACACUGCUGCUGGGCCCAGAUCCCCUGGGUAACUUCCUGUCCAUUGCUGUAAAAUCGAUCCAUCGCAAGCGAAUGCCUGUCAAGGAGGUGCGGGGGGGGCAGACGGCCUCCUUUGCACUGAAGAAGAUCAAGCGCUCGUCCAUCCGGAAGGGCAUGGUGAUGGUUUCCCCACGCUUGAAUCCCCAAGCAUCCUGGGAGUUUGAGGCCGAGAUCCUUGUCCUCCACCACCCCACCACGAUUAGCCCACGCUACCAGGCCAUGGUGCACUGUGGCAGCAUCAGGCAGACAGCCACCAUUCUGAGCAUGGACAAGGACUGUCUGCGCACUGGGGACAAGGCCACCGUGCACUUCCGCUUCAUCAAGACCCCCGAGUACCUGCACAUAGACCAGCGGCUGGUGUUCCGGGAAGGCCGCACCAAGGCUGUGGGCACCAUCACCAAGCUCCUCCAGACCACCAACAACUCCCCAAUGAACUCCAAGCCCCAGCAGAUUAAAAUGCAGUCAACGAAAAAGGGCCCCCUGACCAAACGAGAGGAUGGAGGCUCAUCUGGAGGGCCGGCACUAGGGGCGCCCCAACUUGGAGAUGAAGCUAGCUCUCUAGGAGCUGCACAGCCAGCUGCGUCCAGCAGUCUCCAGCCACAGCCCAAGCCCAGCAGCGGGGGCCGGCGACGGGGGGGCCAGCGUCACAAGGUGAAGUCCCAGGGGGCCUGCGUGACUCCUGCCAGUGGCUGCUGAAUCUCCCCCUGGCCCACCCCCACCACCCAAAGGAUCCUCGUACUCUGGCCACUGCUCCACCAGAUGGGCCAGAGCAGCUCUGACCACCACCCACCCUCCCCCAGGCCACAGCCGGAGCCUCAUCAUUCCCCCUACCCCCGUUUUCCAGGGGGGUUGUAAUUUAUAAGCUGAGGAAGGUGGCCAGACUUCCGGAGGACUGGCCAUCUCCCACCCUCUUCCCUGUCUUCUUCCUCACUCACAUUUUUUGUACAUCUGGGCCCUUAGUUUUUAUUCUUUUUAUUAUAUAUCUCUCUAUCGUGUGUGGGUGUGUAUGUGUGGCUGUGUGUGUGGUGCAGGAGUGCAGCCGGUCAGGGCCCUGGCAGUCUCUCCUUGUCUCUUCCAUGGCUGCCCACCAGCCUCCAGCAACUGGCCGCCCGCCUGUUCGUCCGUGUGUCUCUGUGGGAACCUUUAGGGGCUGUCAGGAGCUGAGGAGCACCCUCCUUCCCUGGCUUACUCUCCUCUGCGCCUAGAACCCCUCCAUGGAGCCUGCCUAGGGGGCUUCUAGGUGUAAGUGUCUACUGCUGCCAGAGCAGGGAGCCCUCCUUCCGUGACGUGGGAUUUUAACAGGGUGGAGAGUGGUGGCUUCCCCCUUUCUCUCUCUCCCUCUUUUUCUCCUUAAACCCCAGAACAGAUAAUGCCAAAAGCUCUUGAGUUGUAAUCUGUAGAUGUGUGGAGGGGAGAGGCAACUGGUCUGUAGGACCCUCUGUGCCCCUAACUCUGACCCUUGCCACUGACUGACCCAAAGACAGCUGGUGGCUUUGCUUUCCCUUGGAGACAAUCCUGUGUUUGCCUGGCUGGCUGGGGCGACUCCUGCUCUGCCGAUCUGCCACGCUGGAGGCCCUUGCCUCACCGAGAAGCCACCUCCUGCUUGGACUUGGACUCUGAAUCUUGCUGGGCCUUGGGGCACUGAUGGCCUAGGCUGGGCUCAGCCUGCUUGGGGUCAUGCUCACUAGCACCCCCUGUUGGUGGGGCUAUGGGGUGUUCCUCUGAGUCAGGCUGGGACUGGAACCCCUCCUUCCCCACCACACCCCUGCCACGUCACCCCAGUAUGGCUGCUACAGGAGCACAACAGUGAAGGGCCUGAGCCCCAGGUUUGGAAACCCUGAUUGGGGUGCAGGGAGGGCAGGCAGGGAUAGUGAAAAAGACUCUUCCAGGCCCAGCACAGAGCAUUAAGCCCUCUGGAAAAAUCACUGCCUGGGUGGGGGUGGGAUUGCCCAGGACAGAGAUGGCAACGGGGGCCCCGAACCAGCCUGGUCUGAGCUGGGGACUGAAGUCCCCAGGUUAGGGUGGACUGAUGGGCGGAGAUGUGUUCUUUCUCUAGCUGGGCAGACACCCAGCCUGCUGGGUCCCUCCUUAGCCUUCCCUCCCUCCUGUCCCCAACCCUUCUCUGUUCUUCCUCCUUCCAGGCUGCUGAUUCCCUCUCCAACCCUCCUUCCAAUUAUUCCUAGUUACCACUGACCUGUGGCCAUGGACUGACCAGACCAGCGCACAAAAUAAAAGUUUGUUUGAA